UUGGCCUAACCGGCGACCACAAAUAUUUACCGGCGGAAUAGCCUUCCGUGAGUAUCAAUACCUAAAAUUCUAGUCUUGAUAGGUUUUCAAGAUUUAUUUUUCUUUGGUUAAAUUAAACUGUUUCCUUUUCCAAGUAUAAGUGGGAGUUCUAGUUUGGGUUUAAUAUGGAAUUCAGUUUUCUUAUUUAAGAACUAAUUGUGCGAUUAGAUUUGUAGAAAAUCUUUUUCUUCUUCUUAUAUAUUACCAAGAUUGUUGGUCCCAAGAUGAAUAUUACUAUGGAAGAUAUUCCGAUUAAUCCUAAUUGGACCCGUCUAGAUAUUUUGGCUGUUGUUUGUGAACGUGUUCUUGAAGAAGAAGAAGAAAUCGUCAAGGAAACUGCAAUGCACGAAGCAGAGAGUCGGGAAAAAUUAAUGAGAGUAGAAAACCCCAAUAGACCAAUAGAUGAUCAAGUUAAAACACGAAUAAAAACAAGAAAAAGGGAGUAUGAUCCAGAAGAUAAACGUCGUCGUAUUAUUGGAAAAAAGAGGAAAAAAUCUGAAACAGGGAAAAUCCUUCCAAUGCCCCAAAUUGUCAAGGAUCGAAUCAAUCAGUUGGAGAAAGGUGUAAAAGAGGUGAAAUUUAUUAUUGAAAAAGAAAUAUUCAAAACGGAUUGUGGUGAACAUCAAAACCGUCUCUCCAUACCAAUAACACAAGUUGUGGAAAAAUUUCUAACAGAUGAAGAAGAAAAGUAUCUCUGUAUGCCUAGUAAUGGCAAUAGAAUUAACUUUAAGAAAGUCCGAGUGAUUGAUCCGUCCCUCGAUAUUUAUGAAUUGGAAUUAAGGAGAUGGAAGAUGACAGAGAGCGCAAUUUAUGCGUUGAAUGGAAAGUGGACUAAAAUGCGUGUUCGUAAUAAAAUCAAAAAAGGCAAUACGAUUCAAAUCUGGGCUGUUCGAAUGGAUGACGACGAAUUAAUUAUUGUUAUUAUGAAGCUUUCUCCCGAUGAGAAAACGAAGGUGAUCAACUAGCAAUAAACGAAGAAAAUGAUGAUAAUGAAGUUACAAUACAAAAAGUUAAUAGUGAAGAGCAAAACGAUAGUGAUAGCACAGAAAAUCUUGCUCAUUAGAGGAGUAUAUAUCUAUAUCUAUAUUAUAUUAUAUAAAGAGAGAUAGAAACAAUACAUUUAUUUUUUUCCGUUU